UCCCACGUGCUCGGAGGAGUUUCCCUCAACAUGGCUGCGAGCUGAGAUCCGGGUUUUGCGGGCACGUUGCAUGGUUCAGAAAGAGGGUGGAGGGGGGGCCCCCGGACCCGAGCAACAGCCCCCCUCUCAGCCCCCCUCCUCCACCUUAUCCUGGGGGGGGCUGCAUGGUUGCAACAAAAAGCGGUUAACACUAAGCAACAUUGCAAGGUUGGUUUUUUUCCAGUGCUACUAUGGCCAAUGAGGAAGACGACCCUAUUAUACAAGAGAUCGAUGUCUACCUGGCCAAAAGUCUGUCGGAAAAACUGUAUCUGUUCCAGUAUCCUAUUCGUCCAGCUUCGAUGACCUACGAUGAGGUUACUCACCUCUCGGCGAAGAUCAAACCGAAGCAACAAAAGGUUGAACUGGAAAUGGCCAUCGACACGUCGAAUUCCAACUACUGUCGCAGCAAAGGGGAACAGAUUGCCCUCAACGUAGAUGGCACGUGUACGGAUGAGACCAACACUUACUCCUCGAAGCUGAUGGACAAGCAGACGUUCUGUUCCUCACAAACCACCAGCAACAUUUCGCGAUACGCUGCUGCUAUCUACAAAAGAGGGGAGCUUCACUUGACUCCGUUGAAUGGGAUCCUGCAAAUGCGGCCAAGUUUUGCCUACUUGGACAAAGCGGAUGCGAAAUACCGAGAACGCGAAGCUGCCAAUGAGCAUGGUGAUUCUUCCCAGGAUGAGGCUGAUGAAGACGUCAAGCAAAUCACGGUGAGGUUCUCCCGGCCAGAGUCGGAACAGGCCCGCCAACGGCGAGUUCAAUCUUACGAAUUCCUGCAAAAAAGACAAGCAGAAGAGCACUGGGUCCACCUCCAUUAUUACGGUUUGAAAGACAGCCGUUCUGAGCACGAGCGCCAAUAUUUAUUCAGCCAAGGACACAGCAUGGCUGGGAACACGGAAUUAAUUAAAUCGCCAAGUGAAUACUUGAUGAUGCUGGUUCCACCAAGCGUAGAAGAAGAAAAGGAAAAACCGGUAGCGCCAAGCAAUAUGCUGUCGAUGGCUCAGUUGCGGACGCUCCCUUUGGCCGACCAGAUUAAGAUUCUGAUGAAGAAUGUGAAAGUCAUCGCCUUUGCUAGUUUAAUGAGUCUCCUAGCCUCUGGGACAGAUCCGGCUGCAGUUUUGCGAAGCAUCCAGCAGGUGGCGCUGCUAGUCCAGGGGAACUGGGUGGUGAAAAGUGACAUCCUUUACCCCAAAGAUACCUCCAGCCCACACAGCGGUGUCCCAGCCGAAGUCCUGUGCCGAGGAAGGGAUUUUGUUAUAUGGAAAUUCACGCAGGAUCGAUGGGUGGUACGGAAGGAAGUUGCAGCUGUAACCAAACUGGGUCCAGAAGAUGUGAAAGACUUCCUGGAGCACGUCUCUUUUUUGAGGAUAAACCGAGGCUGGGAAUUUAAGCUCCGCUACGACGAAGAUUUUGUCAAGAAGCAUCCAGAUGUGGUGCAGAGGCAAAAAAUGCUUUGGAUGGGCAUUCAAGCCAAGUUGGAAAAAGUAUACAACCUGUCCAGAGAGCAGCUGGCUUCAAAGAAACCAGCAGCACAGCCAGCUGCUCCAUUGGUGAUCUCUGGAGAGCAGAGGGUCAACCUGGCCAAGUCCAAAGUCAACCAGAGCUACAGCCAGUUGGACCAAGACCACCGAAAGAGAAAAGCCGAGAACCGGCUGGAGGAGUCUCUUCAUGCGACGGACCUCCUUGGGGUCCAUAUAAAGGAGGAACCGGUGAGCGACGAGGAACCGAUGGAGACCUCGGCCCCUGAGAACCUCAAUAAUGGACUGGUCAACGGGAUCCAUUUGGAAGAUAGCCUGGACUCCGUCAACGGCCACGUGCCGAUCCCGGAAAGGGUGACCGAGGAACUGCGAGCGUUUGUGGGGACCACCUUUAAGAAACAAUACGUCCUGACUCUGAACGAGCUAAAACGGUUAUUUAACCUUCAUCUGGCUGGUUUACCUCCCGGGAAUCUUUUGUUCAGCGGAAUUUCGGACAAGAUGUUGCAAGACAUGGUGUUAGACGUAGGCUGCAAGCAGAUCAUGGUGCCUUUUCCCCCGCAGAUGACAGCAUUGCCCAACGAACAGAAGGUGUUUGCUCUUUGGGAAGCUGGCGAUGUUUACGAUCAGCACCGGCAAAUUUUGCUUGAAAUCUUUUCCAAAAACUACCGUGUGCGUCGAAACGUCAUCCAGAACCAACUGGCCCGGGAGUAUGGCAAAGAUCUAGACAAACAAGAGGUGGAUAAAGUUUUGAAGGAUUGUUGUGUAAGUCAAGGAGGCAUGUGGUACCUCAAAGGGACAGUCCAGCAGCCAAGCUCUUGACGAUGGGAGUCACUUUCAUUGCAUCGUUGUUCAAUCCCAGGAUGGGCAAAGCGAAACCAGAAGGGUAGGAAAGGAAAACAGCUUGAUCCUUUCAAAGCCUUCCAGUUGGAAGACCUACCAGAGGUGGCCCUGCUAGCUACUUGCAACGGCAUCCAAACCACUAAUCUUGAACGGACAGUGGAUCUGUAGGUCCCCCUAGAUUAAAAUCUGGAUUAAAAUCCCCCUAGAUUAAAAUCUUACUAGAAGCAACCACGAAAUGAACUAUCCUUAUGGGGGCUAAACUGUCAGCAGAUCAUGAUCUAACGGUUCAUUUUAUAACGAAGGCCAAUAAAUUUCGAGUUUGCAGGAGGGGA